CUCGUAAAGUCUCCAUCAUCUAAUUCCAAUUGUUUCAUCGUAUUUUCCACUUCCUCCAAUUGUCGAAGAAGGCAGUUGAGAUCAUUUUCAGCGGUUUCUUCUUUGCAACUAAGAGUAUUAAAGGAGGCCCGUAUGCUUUGUGUGAGAGUUGAGGCUCUCUUUCGCCCAUCAUUAAGCUCAUUCUCGAAGAGUGGAGGCGGAGGCGGGGGUGGUGGAGUCGAAGUAACUUGCUUUGAUGACAUGGUGGGAAAGUCGCGACGGGGUGGUAGAGCUGGUGGAGGCGGACUGUCCAGCAUUUGUGCUACUCGCCAGGGUGAUGAGGAAGGGGUCACCGGAGUACGGGAGAUAGGAUGUGAACCCGAAUAG